UGGCCAUAAACCACGAGUCGCCAGCACCAUGUACGAAAGGGGAUCCUGGGUGUGCCGCGGGGUGGGCAAAAGGGCCGAGCUCAUCCUGUAUACGCAAGCGCUUUUCUAUCUCCCUUCCACAUAUACGUAGAUUUCCUGAACCAUGUCAGCCGAACGCAAGGUCCACUGGAUUCCCCUCGAGUCCAACCCCGAGGUAAUCAACGCCAUGAUUGCGCGGCUCGGUGUGUCCUCCAGCAUCGGGUUCAACGACGUCUGGGGCCUCGACGACGACCUCCUGGCGAUGGUCGCGCAGCCCGUCAAGGCCGUCAUUUUCCUGUUCCCGCUGACCGAAGAGUCCGAGGCCAGUCGUGCGCAGAAGAUCGCCUCCGCCGCCAACACUGUGUCGCCCGACGUCUGGUUCAUGCGGCAGACCAUCGGCAAUGCGUGCGGGACCAUGGCAGUGAUCCACGCGCUGGCCAACAACCAGGCAGACAUCCCGAUUAGCGGCCAUCUGGCCGAGUUCUUCCAGAAGACCAAGGAUCUGACGCCCGAGGAGCGCGCGGCAUUGCUGGAGAACGACGAGGUCAUUGCCGGCACGCAUUUGGAGGGCGCCAGUGGCGGACAGACGGCGGCGCCCGACGCAGAAGCUGCGAUUGACCUGCACUUCAUUGCGUUUGCUAAUGUCGACGGCGAUAUGUACGAGCUGGAUGGCCGCCAUGCUGCGCCCAUCAACCACGGCGCGUCGACGGAUGUGCUCAAGGUAGCGUGCUGAAUAUGGUGGCCGUGUGGCAGCCUUUCUGAUGUAUAUAUGCUAACACCCUGUUUUGGAGCUAACCAUGUAGGACGCGGCCGGCGUUAUCAGGCAGCGUAUCCAGGAAAUGGACGGCGAGUCCCUGGGAUUCACGGUGCUUGCGCUUGGCCCACACCCAAGCCUCCAACAGUAGAUGACUUUCCCAGCCCGAAUUAGAGAAUUCACUGCAGAGAAAAAUCAGCCAUAGAAUGUCCCAAAUUGCGCGAUG